CUAGGGUUGAGAAUCAUUUAUCCAUAAAUAUCCCAAAGCAAUUGCGUUUGUUGUAAACACACUCUCUCUUCUUCGUGCGAGAAAACUGUAGGAAACGUUUAGUUUGGCGAAAUUUUCACUUUAUUUUCGCAUUUUGCUGUCUUCGUAUGUCGGUUCAAAACUUUAAUUCUGCAGGUAACUAUAUAUUUCUCUAUUUUUUUAAUAACAAACGUCUUCUCUAUAAAUGUAUGUGUUUCUCAAAAUAAACGUAUCGAAAAAAUAUAUUUUGGCAACUUGUAUUUAAAUUUCUCGCUCGCAAUUGUUUUUAGACCCAUUCGCAGUUGAUAAAUCCGAGCAGGAAGGGUUAAUUCACAUCCGUAUUCAACAGAGAAAUGGUCGAAAAACACUAACUACGGUACAAGGCAUUUCGGACAAAUAUGAUAAGAAAAAACUUGUCAAAUAUUUCAAAAAGGUUUGUUGUUAAACAUAUUUAAGCCCCGUUUUAUACACUACGCUCAAUUUUUGGUACGACACGGAUAAAAUUGGUACCCGUACCACUUUUUUGGUUCUUGGACCAGAACCAAAAAAGUGGUACGGUACCAAAAAAUCGAGCGUAGUGUAAACGGGGCUUUAAUUAGAAAAAUUAAAUGCUAGUCAGCGACUGUGCCCAUGGCCCACACUGGAAAGUAGGCCACUUUAGCCAGAGAUCUCCUGCGGCAGGCUAGCUAUUUUGUAGUACUAAUAAAUUUCUGUUAUUGCGGCAGUUCUCCUGCGGCAACUUGUUGGUGCUUGUGGCAUUACUGGCAUAUGAGAACACUCAUUGCUGAUGUCAGAGGAAGUCACCCACAUGAUCAUCGGUAUGCCUGGAAAUUUGACUUGGCUUUCCCGCCAUUUCAUUCCCGAGAUGGGUGUACUCAUCAUGUUGAUCAUCGAUAUGUGAACUCAGUAGUCAGAGCUUGUCUGUGGGGAUACCAUAUUAAUAAACCAAGAUGUCACUAAUUAUUUUUGCUAAUUAUUAUAGAAUUUCUCUUGCAACGGUACCGUGGUUGACCACGCUGAGCAUGGUGAGGUCAUACAGUUGCAAGGUGAUCAACGGCAGUGUAUUCAUGAUUUCUUAAUCGAGAUCGACCUCGCUACGAAAAACCAAGUCAAAGUACACGGGUUUUAAUAAAACUGAUGUCUUUCUUUUACUUAACCUAUCUUUCUUUUCUUAAAGUUUGUGAAUAAAAAUGUAGGCUCCGUACUGUAAAUAAUUUAUAUUCACAGUAAAACAAUAAAAAGUUAAAAUAAAAAGUUAUACAUGAU